CCUCAAUAAAAAUGAACCGUUUUUCAAAAAGAAAUUUAACUGAGGAAACGCAAGAAGAAGUACCAUUGAUUAUUGACCAAGCAAUCGCCAUAAAUAAGUUACCAUUUUGGUCUUUAUUUGCUGCCUGUAUUUCGUGCUUGGGUGGAUUUCUAUUUGGAUAUGAUUUGGGUGUUGUAGGUAUACUUAUUGCACCUUCCUUUCAAUCGCAUUUUGGUAUCGACCCAAACGACAAACUAAAAGAGGCUGAUAUAAAUGGUACUAUUGUAUCUGUAUUACAGAUUGGCUGUUUAUUUGGUGCCUUAUUGGCAACAAGCACAGCAGAUGCUAUUGGCCGCAAAUUCACAAUUGCUUGUGCGAGCUUUGUCUCUGUUGUCGGUGGUGUGUUCCAAAUCAUAGGAUAUGAUCUUGGGAUGAUGUAUGCAGGAAGAAUUAUUUCUGGACUAGGCGUUGGUGCAUUAAGUGCUCUUGUUCCUAUCUACGUUUCUGAAAUAGCACAUCAAAACCAUCGAGGAUUACUAGGUGGGUUAUGGAUGUUUUUUAUAGCUACAGGACUAGCUUCAUCUUACUGGGCAAAUUAUAUUGUGAGAUUAUUAAUUGAAGACGAUGACGAUUUGCUUUGGAGAAUACCAUUGAUUAUACAGAUCAUUCCUGCUAUUGUUUUGUUUUUGGGUAUGAUUUUUUUAUUUGAGACACCUCGUUGGCUAUGUACACAUCAUCAAGCAGACAAAGCUUAUCAAGUACUCUGCAAAUUACGUGGUACAACCAACGUAAAAGAAGAAAUGGAUCAGAUUCGAUUGUCAGUAGAGACAGAGGCAAAGCAAACAGCAUCUACUACCUGGAAGCAUGUGUUCUCUAUUCAUAAUCGAAAGAGAUUGCUGCUUGGAUGCUCAUUACAGGCAUUGCAACAAAUGACAGGUACAAAUGUCAUUAAUUAUUUCAGCCCUAUUGUGUUUCGAUCAAUUGGCUUGUCCUCAAGUGAAGCUGAAUUGUUUGCCACUGGUAUGUAUGGCAUUGUGAAGAUGAUUGUUGUCUUGAUUGGAUUCUCUUUUUUGAUUGAUCGUUUUGGAAGAAGACCUUUAUUGAUUGGAGGAGGUAUAGCUUUGGCUAUAUGUCUUUGCUCUGUGUCUGUAUGCGUAACUUUGACACCGGUGGAAAAAAGUGAGUCUUUAUCAACAACAGCUAUUCUUGGAAUUCUGUUUAUGUAUAGCUAUGCUGUCUUUUUUGCAUUAUCUUGGGGCCCAUGCCCAUGGCUAUACUGUUCAGAAAUAUAUCCUAUGAGUACAAGAACUAAAAGCACGUCCAUAACCACUGCUGUGAAUUGGAUACUCAAUGCUUUGAUUGGAAAAAUCAGUCCAAUUAUGCUUGCGACAAGUACAUUUGGCACUUAUGUAUUUUUUUCAGGCUGUUGUCUUGUUGGAAGCUUGUUUUGCUUUUUUCUUGUCCCUGAAACAAAAGGAAAAACUCUGGAAGAAAUUGAUCAAUUGUUUUCAUUAUAAAAGUGAAGGCAGAAGACAAGCAUUCUAUAGAUAUUCAAUCGAUUCUGAUCUAGGAACCUACUACGCAUGAAUUCAAUUGACUUUUUUUUGUUUAUCUUUUCCAUAUAGUCUCCAAGCAAACGUUAUUGAAUAAAUAAAUUGAUCUCUUCAACUCCAAA